AGGGCUCGUGUCAGAAGGUAGGCAGAGCAAGAGCGUCUUGUUGGGUGUUGCGGGAUUUCCCGACUCUUUUGGACAGACGUUUAGUAUACUAGACUUAGCCAUGUGGGCUUUCUGAAUCCGUUGCGCCAGCCGAGUCUCAGCACGCGAGGAAAGGCCCUUCGACGAGCCAUGAGGCGCACCGGUGAGUCCCCGGUUCGUGUCCUCGAGACGAACAUCGACCUCUCGCUGACCGUGAAUGGGGACGUGAACAAGGGCCCCAACGGCAACAACCGCUCCUCCUUGCACAACGACGACCACCACCCCCACCAGCACCCCCACCACCCCCUCCGCCACCACGACCACCACCACGACGCCGAGGCCGCCGCCGCCACGGACACCAUGCUGUCGCACCGCAAGUGUCCGCUGCCCGCCGACGCCGACGACACCGACGGCGACGCCAGACCGCGUCCUCGUCCGGGCAAACUGCAGAGGAUAGCAGACCAACACGGCCUCACCAAGAAGGGACUCACGCUCCUGCUCGCAGCCCUCUGCUUCUGCUUCUUCCUGCUGGUGGUGCUGCUGGGGAUGGCGGCUAAGUGGCCCAGGUCGCACCUCCAAGCCAACAGGAAGAUCUGCCUCACCUCUGACUGCCUGCGUGCCUCGGCUCAGGUAAGUCCCUCUCCCGCUCGCCUAAUGAGGGCGCUUGUCAUUAGGGGAACAUGUGAUGCAGGGGCAGGCGGCCGAGGACCUGCAGGAGACGCGACCACGCUGCAGCUCGCCAAUUUCCCUUUAUAUACUGCUCUAGUCACAUAA